CUCUGUAGACGUCGUGAAAAUGCAAACGUCAAAUUAACAUUUGUUUACGAAAGGCAAUUUUCCAAAUAAUUAUAACAAAAGCAAUGUCUGCCGAAGAUUGUGACUCUUUUGAUCGUGGUGAUAAUGAUGGCCAAAAGUCUGAUAAAAUGUUUACUCUCAAAAAGUGGAAUGCUGUAGCUAUGUGGAGCUGGGAUGUGGAAUGCGACACUUGUGCAAUUUGCCGCGUUCAAGUUAUGGAUGCCUGCCUGAGAUGUCAGGGUGAAAGCAAGAAGGAUUCAUAUGGCAAGCAAGACUGUGUGGUUGUGUGGGGAGAAUGCAACCAUAGUUUUCAUUUCUGUUGCAUGUCUCUGUGGGUGAAACAGAAUAACCGAUGUCCUCUCUGCCAGCAAGAGUGGUCGAUACAACGCAUGGGAAAGUAAAGAUUCAGCUCGUUCCACAACCGCUCGAGAGACAUAUUUUUAUAGGAUUUGGCUAAUCUCUAAAACAAUUCAGUCCUAUCUCAUAGUUUUAAUGUUUUAAAUGUCUUAAAAACAAUAAAGUGAAACUUAUAAGCA